AUGGCUAAUAUACCUGAACAUCGGAAAUGGAUGUAUAAUCGAUUGUUACCUGGAAAAAGGGGGUACACAGAUGAGUUCUUAUUGGGUGUUGAGGAAUUUGUAAAUUAUGCAAGCACACUUCCUGUAUACAAGGCUUCAAUGAAGAUUAGGUGCCCAUGUAGUAAGUGUAAGAAUAGAGUACACUUGUCUGCAGAUGAUGUUCGUGUUCAUUUAUAUAGGAAGGGUUUUGAACCAAGUUAUUGGAUUUGGACAUGUCACAGUGAGCUUCCACCUUCAAUACAACCACACAUGAAUGAGGGCCCUAGUGAAAAUAACCAGUAUGAACAAAUGGUUUUUGAUGCAUCUGGUCCAUCAUUUUUUCCAUUAAAUGUCGAAAAUGACCAAGAUGAAGAACCACAUAGUAGUGCAAAAAACUUCUAUGAAUUGUUAGAUGCUGCGAGACAACCUUUAUCAAUGAAUGUUAAUGAAGAAACAGAGCUGGCAUAUACAUUGAGGAUGAUGAAUAUCAAGACAACUUUUAAUAUACCACAGCUAGCAAUGGAUCAGAUAUUUCAGUAUAUUAACCAUUUGAUGGGUCCCGAUAAUCGAGUACCUACUAGGUAUUAUGAUGCAAAAAAGUUACUUACAAAGCUUGGUCUUGGACAUGAGAAGAUUGAUUGUUGUGUAAACAAUUGUAUGUUGUACUAUAAGUCUGAAAUAAAUGACAAGCACUGUAAGUUUUGUGGUGAGACAAGAUUUAAACCUUGCCCAUCUGGAUCUACUCGUGCAAAAGAGGUGCCUCGCAAAAGAAUGCAUUACCUUCCUCUCAUUCCUCGAUUGCAACGUUUGUAUGCAUCACAUAGCUCUGCUUCACACAUGCGAUGGCAUUAUGAAAAUCAUCGCGAACCUGGUAUUAUGUGUCAUCCCUCUGAUGGUGAAGCAUGGAAGCACUUUGAUAGAAGGUUCCCUGAUUUCUCAGUAGAUCCCCAAAAUGUAAGACUGGGCUUAUGUUCUGAUGGAUUUUCUCCUUUUGGUUUCAAUGCAAAGCCGUACUCUUGUUGGCCUGUUAUGGUUGUUCCGUAUAAUCUCCCACCUUCAAUGUGUAUGACUACACCAUACACAUUCUUAACCUGUAUUAUUCCUGGACCGAAGAAUCCAAAGGCCAAAUUUGAUGUAUAUCUUCAGCCUUUAAUUGAUGAACUUCAAUUGUUAUGGGAAACAGGUGUCUUAACUUAUGAUGCAUCACUUAAACAAAAUUUUAUGAUGCGCGCUGCGUUAAUGUGGACCAUCAAUGACUUUCCUGCAUACGUUAUGGAUGUCAAAGGCACCGCUAAAAAUAAAGACACGCCUAAUGCACGUCUCGAUAUGAAGGACGUGUGUAAUAGGCCCGAACUUGAGUUGGUGGAAAAGAAUGGACGUUAUCUUAUGCCCAAUGCAAGCUACAGUUUGAAUUGUACUAAUCAAUUAGCUGUCUAUGAGUGGUUACGAACUUUGAAGUUACCUGAUGGCCUUCAUGUUUUUACCAAGCUGUCACUGGAAGCCUUUGACUGA